GCCGGAGCCCAAGCCCCAGCCAGCGAGAUCGCCCUCCAUGCUGCGGGCUCUGCGGCCGCCUUCCGCUCAGCUUGUAGCCGAAGCCCAGCACGGCGAGCCGGCAAAGCAGCGGAGGGGAGGAAGACACUGCCAGGAGGAGGGGCGCGGCAGACGGGGGCAAGCCGGACUCUGAGCAAGGGGCGUCCGCAAUCCGGAGGAGGCAGCCCUGCUCUCUCGCUCGGUCUCUGUUCCAGCCGCUGCCCGAGGUUCCAGGCAGCGCGAUGCUCCUGCGCUUCUAGGCGGCAGCCAGCGGAGGCUUCCCGCAGCCGCUUGGCCCACACCGGCUUCAAUUUCGUGGACAAGUCCCUUGUCUAUCCUGACGCGCCCGGCCACUCGAGCCUGAGCGAGCGCGAAGUCCAAAGUCUGCCCCCAGCGCCUCCAACUUCCCUGGGAGCCCCUCUCCCCGCAGCAGCCUGCGCCAGCCCUGGGAGCAAUGCGCCCCCAGCCGGGCGGUACGCCCUCUGCCAACUCGCCACCCAUGGGAUUGACUGCCCUCAGCUGCCCUGCUUGGAGCGCGUAGCCUUCGCCGCGUGGCCAGGGAGAGGAGCAAGACAUCCAAGGCGGUUCGAGGAUCUCUCUCGGGUCAGUCUGCUGGGGUCCCCUGCGGGGGAGCGUCAAUACCCAGGGACGUGGAAGAGACCUCCACCCUCUGGUACGAGGAAAGCUGGCGGUGGCCUGGGCAGAGAAUCUCAACCCCAAUGUUGCCCUGAAUUCUGUCUCUAAGAUUCAAGACGAUCCAGAUUGCUAAGGCCUUACGUCUUAGCAAGUACCUUCUCCAAGUCAACUCUGAUGAAAUAGAAAGGAGUGAAGUCCAACACUGGUGAAUUCUCCUGGAGGGAUGCCCCAGGAACAGUACGCACACCACCGGGGCGCCAUGCCCGGCUCCGAGGGGCCACAGGUGUACAAAGUGGGGAUUUAUGGCUGGCGGAAAAGAUGCCUGUAUUUCUUUGUCCUGCUCCUGAUGAUUUUAAUCCUGGUGAACUUGGCCAUGACCAUCUGGAUCCUCAAAGUCAUGAACUUCACAAUUGAUGGAAUGGGAAACUUGAGAAUCACGGAGAAAGGUCUAAAGCUAGAAGGAGACUCAGAAUUCUUGCAACCUCUCUACGCCAAAGAAAUCCAGUCCCGACCGGGUAAUGCCCUGUACUUCAAAUCAGCCAGAAAUGUGACCGUGAACAUUCUCAAUGACCAGACUAAAGUGCUCACUCAGCUGAUAACAGGUCCAAAAGCUGUAGAAGCAUAUGGCCAAAAGUUUGAAGUAAAGACAGUUUCUGGGAAAUUGCUCUUCUCUGCCGACAACAACGAGGUGGUGGUCGGAGCUGAGCGAUUACGAGUCUUAGGAGCAGAGGGCACUGUGUUCCCUAAGUCCAUAGAGACCCCUAACGUCAGGGCAGACCCCUUCAAGGAGCUAAGGUUGGAGUCCCCGACCCGGUCUCUGGUGAUGGAGGCCCCAAAGGGAGUAGAAAUAAAUGCAGAAGCCGGCAACAUGGAGGCCACCUGCAGAACAGAGCUGAGACUGGAGUCCAAAGACGGAGAGAUUAAGUUAGAUGCUGCGAGAAUCAAACUACCUAGACUGCCUCACGGAUCCUACACGCCCACAGGAGCGAGGCAGAAGGUCUUCGAGAUCUGCGUCUGCGCCAACGGGAGAUUAUUCCUGUCCCAGGCAGGGACCGGUUCCACUUGUCAGAUAAACACAAGUGUCUGCCUUUGAGAGACUCUCUACAGAGGACACUGUCGGCAGCGGGAGGCCUUUUUCUGGCUGUAGACGCUGGCUGCCGGCUAUUUUUACUAGAACACAGAAAGCCUAUCAAAGACCUUGUGUGUGUGUGUGUGUGUGUGUGUGUGCGCGUGCGUUUACGCGUGAGUGUGUUUGCGUGUGUGGGUGGAUAUAAAUAUAUAUAAAUAUAUAUAAAUAAAUAUAUAUAUCCUCUGUAUAAAAUGAGGUUUCAGUACAAAAGGAACCAUGGGUGACCCUGGAUAACCGGUCAUUUCCAUCCCCCCCCCACCACCACCUACAUGAUAAAAAUCAAAACACUAAUUCAGGCUCCGCAUUCCCUGGACCCUUCCAAAACCACUCAGUGUCUUGGACACUUACCAAAAAUUCAUCCACGCCUCUGAGUAACAGCAUGCCUCCUCCUCUAGUGUCAUUACAGGGCAGCGAUGGCGGGAAUCUCCGAGUCAUGCCCGAGUGCUGCUGCCCCCUUGGAACUAAAAACAGACCACUGGGUUUCCUACUGCAGCUUCGGUGAGGCGGACCACCUUCUCCCUCUGCACGCUGGGGGCGGGGCAGUUCAGCCAUACACACUCCAAAUAUCUGUUCUUCCUCGUCAGUCAAAUGUCUGGGCGCUUUUGCAGUUGGGUGAGUGAGGAGGGUGAAUUGUAGCAAAGUGUGAACUGCUCACCCAAUUCCCACUCUCUUAUUUCUUUCAAACUCACAUGUUAUCCCCCCCGUCAAAACCAGAGUUAUAAAUCAGCACAAAGCAGGAUAACAGCCACUCCUCCAUCGGCUGGAAGCUACUCAGUGGCCUCACAGGCAAAGAGUAAAUGGGCAAUGUGUCUCUGUUUAAAGAGGAAAAAAGGCUCAAAGUCUGUCCUGUCCUCACUUCUGACUUAUUCAAUAGACUCCAACUCAGAAUAAUUGGAUCAGUCGAAAUUAACAAGAAGGGGACCCCUACCCCAAGAGGAGCCGUUCGGAGAUGAAAGUCUAAGAGUAGCUUCGGGAACCUAAUUAUUUUUACAUGUUUCUUGGGAUUGGCAGGUAACUUAGAGACGUGCCUUUUAUUUUUAAAGGCAUGCACACACCGACUUGCUCUUUUAUGUAUGUAGGGAUAGCCGUAUUCCUAAAUCCGCCAUUAUGUUUUCUCCAAGAAAAACAGAUCUAAAGUACUACAUGCCUCCCCCCUAGACAUGCUCACUGAAACGUAACAUAAACUGAGUCAAGUGUCUUCGUCAGAAUCACUGUGUCCCCCGGGCCCAGCAGCACCCACCCCACCCCCCACGUGUGGAAGGAGGCAGCUCUCUGAUUCCCGCCAUCAGCUACCACCCAUCACUCCGUGUUCAUCGUCAUGCUCCAGGGUCACCCUGGCCAGCUCUUGUGCUGGGACAGGGGAUUACACCGUCUCUGUUCAAAGAGGGGGAAAUGUGCCUAUGCCUUAAGUCAAUGCACUCAGCAAGGAGAAGCACAUCCUAUUUAUCUUGUCAUUUCCUGUAGUUUAUUUUGGGCGAUCGGAGGGGAAUGGUUCAGUAAUGACUGGGCGUCUCAACGGCAGGUCGGCCGGCCAAGUGGCUGCAGACGGGGAGCACAGAACGGAGACACGCCUGGCGCAGACAGUCCUCGAUGCCACUCAGCCAGGACUGGCCCCACGAUCCGAAAUGAAGUAGUCUUUAUAGGCCCGGAUGGCUUUUGUUUCUUGUUUUUAUUUUUUCCUUCGACAAGGUUCUAAUUUGUUCAUAUUUCACAAGCAGGGUGAGAUUUGUCAUAGGAGAUUAAAAAAAAGAAGAGGUUGGCUAUCUAUGAGCUGCCACUCAGGCGCUGGGCUGCGGUUUGUACACAUGGAGGUUAAAGCAAGCUGCGGGUGCUCAGUCCCUCGGAAGUAGGGGGAGGAGGGGUGGUUCUGGUCGGACCAAGGCCCUGCCGGCUUCCAGAUCCCAGGCUCCCUCUAGUCCCUGCUGCUCAGCGCCCCCUAGAGAAGAGUUGGGUUGUUCAAGGGCAAGAUCAUGAGACUGCUUAGUUUAUAGCAGUAGGAUGUAAGCGAGAAAACUCCAAAAAGCUGUCAGGUUGCUGUGCAUCAGUAUUCCCUGGAGGAUCACGCAGCCAGAGUCUGCAUGUACCACACACGGGGCUCCGCCAGGCCAGGAGAGGCCCUCCCUGCGGCUGCGAGCAUGUCCCCCACGUCGUUCAGAUAAACAAGAGUGGCUGCAAGGUCCUUGGUGGCGGAAUACCAUGAUACACAGUUUUUUCCAGCAGGCGCACCACGCUGGUCCACAAUCAACGCAAUCCACAGGCAACAAGAACACAAAAAGUUCCCGAACCUCUUUCCUCUGAUUUUGGCCUAAUCAUUACCUGGAAGUCGGAGAUGGGCGCCUUGGGAAUUUCAUACCAGUAAAAAGACUGGUGUGAUCCCACUUAGAAAAGUUUAUCCUAAAGGCAUUCAGAUCACAAAAUAGAAAUAAUAAUAAUAGCAGCCAAGAAUAGAAACCAAGUAGCUAUGGGGGACAGACACGAUCUAAAAUCCCAAUUUUCAUUUGUGCUAAGUGAACAUAAUACACCAGGCAAUGAAUGAGCAGCAAAUUUGGCAUGGAUUACAUUAUGUAUUUUGGUUGCGACUUUAGAAUUUGAUCAAAUGCAUUCUAAGUUCUUCAGUGUAUUUUUUUUGCCCCCUGCUUCCUUCAACUAGAAUAUGUAUCCAUGGUCACGAGAGAAAGUUUUACCUGAAUUCUGGGAAGAGAAAUAUAUCUUUUACAUUAAAAUCUGAGAACCUUUCAUUUUAAAAAAAUGAGAUUAUUUUCUAAUUUUUAUAAUGUCUUCCAGACAAUCACAGCCUUCAGUGCAGUGGGUGGCAUAAGAGACAAAUCAAGUUUUAAUAUUCUUGAAGUUCUAGUAGGUUCAUAUUCUUCAAAAGAGUUUUAAAAAUGAAAAGUUGAUCUCCAGAUAGGCUUAGCACUAUGUCUGUUUAGCACCAGGCCAUAAAGGCUCAAUUGUGGGAAACUGGGAGUGUGUGAUAGAGGUUUUCAAAAGCCCUUUGGUGGCAUCUGUAUAGAUGGCAACUUGAUAGGAGGUGUUCUAAUUUUGUCACCCAAGGAAUAGAUCUUACCAGCUUGAAUUGGUUUUCCUUUCUUUCACAUCAGUCUUCCUCUGGCUCGUUUUCAUUGUCUGUCCCGCAACCGCAGACCAAAGAUUGCUUGAGGUUUGAUUCCAGAGCAGGGGUCAGCAAACUGUGGCCCCUCAACCAAAUCUGGCUCAUCAGCUGUUUUUGUCAAUAAAGUUUUAUUGUAACACAGCCACAUCCGUUGAUUCGCAUGUCGUCUAUGGCCGAUUUCCUACUGUAACAGCAGGGUGGAGUAGCUGUGCCAGAGAUCUCAUGGCCCACAAUGCAUUAGACAGUUACUAAUUGGCCUUUACAGGAAAAGUUUGCUGACCCCUGAUGUAGAGGUCAUGUGUGGCAUGUGUUGGACACGGCAGCAAAGGAGCAGACUUCACGGCAGCAUGGAGUAAGCCUACCUGUCCACGUGUGCUUGGGGACAUAAACACUUGGCUAUAGACAAGAGGUUAGCCUUAUACCGUGU